CUUGUUUGGCCCACGCCUUGGAAUUUGCAUGAAAAUCAAGCGAGACUAAAUUUAUCCCUUUGUUAGCGUGAUUGCUCACCAAAAAGUUAAGCCGUGGGGGCUGCAGAACAAACAGCUUUUGUGUAAGUCCUCUAAAUAAGGCAUUCGACAUUUACUGUGUGUACUUUGAAAUGUAUACACAAGCCUGUACUUUUUAUUACCAGCCGUAUGGCUGGAGUUUGAUUGCUGUUAAAGUCUCUCUCUCGAUCCCGGAUUGGCGGACAGCGGACAGCUAGCUUUAUGAAGGCAAAAGUUAUUUGUCGUUUUGAAACUCGAGGAUGAGCUCACAUGCGAACUGUGUAAAUUAAACGAUGAAUACUCCUUUGUACUUUUGUAUAAUGGCAACAUUUCCGAAGUUUGAGCGCUGCUUAACUGGCUUCAUUUUACCCCCCAAACAGAGCUUUCUCAACUUGUUAAUCUAACUUGACACAUCUGCCAAGCACAGGAAAACUUGGAAAAAUGUCACGGGAUAUUUGAAUCGGGGCAUAAACUUUGGUGUUGUAAAUCUUAAGGCCAACACAAGGUGUUAGCAAGACAGUGGAUCUUAAUCCGCGAAACUUAUCUUUCUUAGCUAGCGUUUGCUUAGGAUCUGUCUCUUAGGCUGAUGUGCGACAGACUCGAAUGGAGACAAAUAGGAUUCGCGGUUUUAUUGUUCAAUUUCUGUGGCAAACGUACAGUGAUUGAUAUUUUCAUUGAUACGUUAUAGCACUACAAUCAAGCUAGUAAUGUGGGUGAUUAGGACCUUUGAACAAAUUAUAUCGAAAUUAAUGCUAAUUAAGGCGUGAUUGUUCUACUUUAGCCUUUAUUCAACCUUCAUCAGCUUUCAUUAACAAAAGAUUAGAAACUAAUUGUCGCCAGCACUGCCAAUCACAGGAAGGAAUGGUAAUUGAAUUUGCGAAGAGUGUGUGAAUAAGGCGAUAGCUGGAAUAACAUUAAGUGAGUGUAGAAAGCUUCAUAAAGACGACACCACACGUCAACGCGACAGACGACCUAAUUCAAGCGACAUGGAAUGAGUCUUUCUUGGAAUCUUCAACCCAGAAAUAUGCAACAUAGGUCGUUCAGAAUUGAUGACAUCUUAGCGGAGGAUACUCAUCCCAAUGAGACAACAAAACCGGAACGGAAGGAAGGAACCGAGGUUACGGUUGUUCGGAGGCCACCAAUCUUGUUGCCAAGAAUAGAGCCUAUCGUUUGGAGCCCUUGCAUGAAUAACUGCUGCCAUUCACCGUCAAACUGUGCACGCGUCCGCGGGGAGCCAAAGGCAUAUCUACCACCUUGGUAUUAUCACAGAAAUCCGCAAGGAUUUCCAGAUUACUCCCAUCACUAUUUACACACACGAAACUUCACUGUAAAUGGAAAACAGAGGCGACCUCGCACAGCGUUUUCAAGUCAUCAACUUCUUACGCUUGAACGCCAGUUCCAGGCCCAGAAAUAUUUGACACGGCCACAGCGUUACGAGCUCGCUACCAGUCUCAUGUUGACUGAAACGCAAGUCAAGAUAUGGUUCCAAAAUCGUCGAAUGAAAUGGAAAAGAUGCGGCAAGACAACAAGUGAUAGGAAACAAAGGAAAGACAGCAGGAAUGAGAUGAAUCUAUCAAUAGAGGGGGAACUAGAUGAUUCCGAUUAAAUUAAUAGUGUAGCCCCUGCGUAGCUGGUGGUUUUACGCGACCUGCGUGUGCGGACAAGGGGCAAAAUCGCGAGGAGCCUGGGAGAGAGAGAUAAGAAACGCUAUCCCCUAGGCUCCUCGCAGCAUCGGCGCUCGUAUUCGCGGCUUAACGCAUCGCUUGUGGAUCUUGUGCUCGUGCUCAAAUCGCUUAAACCACCAGCUACGCAUCAAUAGAGUGGCUGAAAUGAUUACAUUGUAAAUAUUAAAUUAAAAGAAAUAAAAGUUCCGAUCUUUUAAAGUAAAAAAAUUUUUGUAUCUGUGUUGAAUGGUCAAGCGCAAAAGCUGGUUUAAUUUUCAUUCAUCAUUCAGUGAGAAAAGAAAAUAUUUGCGUUUGGAGUCUUUGAUUUAACUUCGAUUUUGGGUUUACCAACCUUACAAGAAAACCACUCUUUUAAAAUUGGAAUUAGACUGAAUGACAAUAGAGAGCUUGGAAAUCUCUUUUUGUUGCACUUUCGCAUCAAACCAAAUAAGGAAGAGAGCAACAAAAUUUUUUGUUUGCUUUUUUGGAGCAACUUUUGAGCAACUUUCGUUACAAAAAGCAACUUUUGACUUUUUCUGAGCAACUUUUGAGAAAUUGCGAGCAACGUAUUGCCCCUGGUUUUGCGAAAUCUCGAGCAACUUGUGGAAAGCACUGAUACGUCUGUUGACUCUCUGUUGCUGCCGCGAGACCUUGUAAAAGCUGGGCACCAUCAAGGCCCCAACUGGGAGAGGGGAGGGGUCAGGUAUUUGACACCAGAACUAGGACUGAGGGUCUUAGGGGGGGACGAGUUGACUUUUGAAGGGAGGGGUGUGUGAUUUUGAAAAAAAAAAAACACUCGCAAGCACUGUACCAAAAAAUCAUGCACACGACCACUGCAUAAGAAAAUAUUCACGCAUGUUCAGUGAGCCGAAGAAAGCACGUAAAAUGGGGAAAAAAUAUCAUGCAUACAUACGUCCCGGAAAUAAACAAAUUCCUACUGCAUGAAAGGGUUAAAAAGAAUUCGUGCCGGUACCAAAUCAUCUCCCCCCCUCGCCUCAAAAGUCAAAUGAUCCAUCCUCUAUUGUCUUUAUUUGAGGAAAUAUGGUCUUUGCACGACUUUGUCGCGAUGACUUUUUGAUACCGCGCGUUGAGGUUUGUCCUGCAUUUGUCUGUAUAGAGGUAGUGAUGGGCUCCUACAGAUCAAGAGAAAAUGUGAUAAGCGGCUGAUCAUGAUUUUGCUUUAGAUUUCCCCAAACCACGACUGAAUAAAUUUGAGCCUGCUUUCUGUUGAAUGUUGGCGUCAGCGGAUCAACAAUUUUCUACCCAUAAUGCAAUACCAAGCUUCGUCCUCUCUCUUCUUCCUUUUAGUGACACGACAUCUCUCGAUCUUUUGUGAAGAACUAUUCCGGAAAUAACACAGAGAAAUGGACCAGAUUACGAACGCUCUUGAGCCAUGCAAACAGUUUGCGAAGGACUCCAUGAGACUUGUGAAGAGAUGCACCAAGCCGGAUAGAAAAGAAUUCCAGAAAAUUGCCCUGGCAACUGCCAUUGGUUUUGCUAUCAUGGGAUUCAUCGGCUUUUUCGUCAAACUCAUUCACAUUCCCAUCAACAACAUCAUAGUGCAAUAACGCACAUCUAUGAUUUCAAGUCAAGACAAUAUUAAUAUCUGCCAGCAAAUGAGAAAUACAUCAGCGUGAUGAACUAUGUAAAUUACACCGACUAGAAUCAUGAUUUGCAUAUUUUUAGUCAUGAUUAAAAUUCUUGUAUACUGUUUGUCUAUUGCCUGUCAAAAGUGUCCUAGUAAAGUACUUUGAAACUCUAUUGUUUGUUUCACGCAAUAAAAAAAUGUAUUUGUUUAUUGAACUCUAUGUGUACAUUAAAAUUUGCUACUUAUAUCUUCAA